AUGGAGUACUGCUGCACCCUGCUGCUAUGGACCUGCAGCCUACUGAUGGGCUUCUGCGACUGUUUCAACAUCGACACCAAGAACCACAAGAUCAUCUAUGGCUCCACGGAUGCUCAGUUCGGGUAUACCGUGCAACAGCACAAGGCCAGUGGAAAGAAGUGGUUACUGGUAGGAGCUCCUUUUGAAACCAGUGGCCAGCACCAGACUGGGGAUGUCUACAAAUGCCCCCUGAGUGGCAAAUUCUACGGCAACUGCACCAGGCUCAACCUAGGAAGAAUAUCCCUAACCAAUGUGUCAGAGCGCAAGAAUAAGAUGAGACUGGGAAUGACACUCACCACUAACCCUAAGGACAGCAGCUUUGUGGCCUGCGGCCCACUGUGGUCUUAUGAGUGCGGCAGCUCUUUCUACAGCACCGGCAUCUGCUCCAGAAUCAACUCCAACUUCAAGUUCUCUCGCACCAUCGCUCCAGCCUUUCAGAGGUGUGAGACGUACAUGGAUAUUGUGAUUGUUCUGGACGGGUCAAACUCCAUCUACCCUUGGUUUGAGGUGCAGAACUUCCUCAUCAACAUCCUGCAGAAGUUCUACAUCGGACCAGGACAGAUACAGGUCGGAGUGGUGCAGUACGGGGAAACAGUGGUCCAUGAGUUCCACCUGAAUGACUACCGCUCCGUGGAGGAGGUGGUGGAGGCCGCCCGCAACAUCAACCAGCGCGGAGGGGAGGAGACGAGGACCGCGCUGGGCAUCAACAUCGCAAGGUCCCAGGCCUUUAAGAGGGGAGGUCGCCGCGGCGCCAAGAAGGUGAUGAUCGUGAUCACGGACGGGGAAUCGCACGACAGCCCUGACCUGAAGAAGGUCAUCGAGGACAGUGAGAAGGAUGACAUCACACGCUACGCCAUCGCUGUCCUGGGCUACUACAACCGGCGGGGAAUCAACCCUGAGGCCUUCCUCAACGAGAUUAAGUUCAUUGCCAGCGACCCGGACGAGAAGCACUUCUUCAACGUGAGGGACGAGUCUGCGCUAAAGGACAUCGUGGACGCCCUAGGAGAGAGGAUCUUCAGCCUAGAAGGAACCAAUAAGAACGAGACGUCCUUCGGCCUUCAGAUGUCUCAGGCAGGCUUCUCCUCUCACAUCGUGGAGGACGGGAUACUGGUGGGCGCGGUGGGGGCAUACGACUGGAACGGGGCAGUGCUGAAGGAGACUCGUCAAGGGAAGGUCAUCCCACCCAAAUCCUCCUACUUGGAUGAGUUCCCAGAGGAGCUGAAAAAUCAUGGUGCAUACCUAGGCUAUACUGUGACAUCUGUGGUGUCGGCCAAGAGCGGUCGGCUCUAUGUGGCUGGAGCCCCACGCUUCAACCACACUGGCAAGGUCAUCAUCUUUACCCUGAAGAACAACGGCAACCUGACCAUCCUGCUCUCCAUUAAAGGACAACAGAUUGGCUCCUACUACGGCAGUGAGAUUGCCCCACUGGACAUAAACGGGGAUGGAGAGACGGACAACCUUCUGGUGGCAGCACCGAUGUAUUUCAGCGGAGGCUGGGAGAAGGGCAAGGUGUAUAUCUACAGGGUGACGGAUCAGAGCGACUUUGUCCUGGAGGGGGCGCUGCAGAUCUCCGACCGCGGGCAGAACUCUCGGUUCGGCUCGUCACUGGCGCCCGUCCCGGACCUCAACGGCGACUCCUACAGCGAGGUGGUGGUGGGCGCACCUCUGGAGGACGACCAUCGGGGGGCGAUCUACAUCUUCUACGGCGAGCAUGACAGGAUACAGCGACAUUACAAACAGAGGAUCGGCGCAGCAGAGCUGUCCCCUGGUCUGCAGUAUUUCGGCCGCAGCGUGCACGGAGAGAUGGAUCUGAAUGAGGAUGGGCUCGUGGACCUUGCAGUGGGCUCCCUGGGAGCAGCGGUGCUUCUCUGGUCUCGCAGUGUCAUCCGCAUCCAUGUAGACGUCAGAUUCGAGCCCAGAAAGAUCAACACGUUCAACAAGGACUGCCGGAGGGGCGGCAAAGACGUCACCUGCAUGUCUGCCAUCGUCUGUCUCAAUGUCACCGCCACCACCCCCAUCUCCCCAACGCAGGAAGUGGCUCUGAGGUACAGCGCCUUCAUUGACGAGCGCCGCUACACCCCCCGUGCUGUCCUGGACGACAGUGACAGACAGCAGCCGCGGAACCUGAGCCUGUUGCCGUGGGAGGAGUCCUGUGAGCAUGUGUACUUCCACGUCCUGGACUCUACUGACUACGGACGGCCUAUAGUGUUCGCUGUGGAGGUGGGGCUACAGGACCCCGAGGAGGGCCCAGUACUGGAUGAUGGCUGGCCCACUACCAUCAGGACUGAGCUGCCCUUCUGGAAUGGCUGUGAUGAGGAUGACCACUGCGUCCCUGACCUGGUCCUGCAGAGCCGCUCUGACCUCCUGGACCGCAGGCAAUUCUGUGCACAGGCGCUGCGCUCUGGGGGGCCACUCUGCCUCCAACAGGGGGUAGCAGAGGCGUCGCAGCGGGUGAUCGAGGGGACGAGGAGGAGGAUGGUGGUGGACGCUCGUUUGGAAAACCACGGGGAGAACGCCUAUAACGCCCGCCUCGACAUCACCUACAGCUCCAACCUGCAGUUCUCCAGCCUCAUAGUCAAGGACAGCUCAGAUGUCAAGAUAGAGUGCCGAGGUGAGGAUGGCCCAAGGUAUGAGAGGUCCUGCAAUGUCAGCUCACCCUUCAUGAAGUCGCAGGCUCAGGUGUCCUUCCGCCUGGAGUUUGAGUUCAGCCGCUCCACGUUCCUGGACCAUGUGAGGGUUGUCCUCGAGACCAGCAGUGAUGGGGAGGACAUGGAACCAGACGACAACUCCAACGACAUUUUUCAUCAGCUGAAAUACGAAGCCGACCUCCUUUUCACAAGGGACUCCAACCCCUCCCGCCAUGAGAUCAAAGCAGACACCGUGGAAAAGCCUGGUACUAUUGGCCCUCCUUUCAACUUCACCUUCCGAAUCCAGAACCUGGGCUUUUUCCCUGUGAAGGACUUGAGGCUGAAUAUUGCAAUCCCCCAAGUGACGAAGGGUGGCAACCAGCUCUUGCACAUUACAGACUUCUACAUUGAUCAGACAGACAGCUCUCGCUGCGCCCCACCGAAGCACAUUUUCCAGAGGCGGGUGUCUCCGGAGGACCUGUCCCACGUCCCACAGCUGAAUCCCUCCAACUCCAUGACCGUUCCCAUCCAGUGCAGCGUCAGCCUGCCAGCCUACAGGGAGAUCAGCGUGAGGAUCACCGGUUUCCUCCACCUCCAGGCCCUGCACGCGGUGAAGUUUAAGACCCUGGACCUGGUGACCACCGCCUCGAUAGAGCUGGAUCCCUCCAGCCCCAUGUUUCUGAACGAGGAGAGGCCAGUGAGACGCAUAAUCCUGGAGAUUAGAAAAGAGGAAGAUUACAGGAUUCCCAUUUGGAUUAUUAUUGGGAGUACACUGGGCGGGCUGCUGCUGCUGGCUCUGCUGAUCCUGGCUCUGUGGAAGUUGGGGUUCUUCCAGAGGCAGAAGCGCCGGGAGGAGGUGGAGCAGGAGGCGAACGGGAAGGUGGCAGAGGAGCGGUAACGCAGGACACUGCGCAGGUGUGAGCUGACCCAAGCACUCAGGGACCAUCGCAAAAGGCAGAGCCCACCAAAAAAGGGGCUCUGGACAGUCGGAGAGAUUACUGCUCUGUGCACCAGGGAACCUAUACCCUCUACAAUGAUUCACAGCCAAUCAAGUCCAGCCUCUGCGCUGCUGAGCCCGCCUAACUCAACACCUCAGGACCAAUC